AAUCACUAAUUGUGUUUUUUUUCCCGUUUGGUUGCCAACGCAGGCAAACACCCCACCUGCUGGUCUCUCUUCGGCGCGCGGCUCUACCUUAACUAAUAAUCAACUUCAACGGACUCUUUCCCCCUCUUUCUUCAUCCCACACAACAAAUAAACCACUUCUUGACCUUCCAUCUUCUUUCUCACCCUUUCGCGGUUGACUACCCUCCUCGUUUCACCCACUUCCCUUUUCCGACCCUUCUCCGUCGUUUCUCCGUCCAUCAGUCACUAUGGGUGCUCACUCUGCUGUUUGGCAAGGAUAUGUCGAUUCCAGCUUGAUGGGAUCCGGCCACUUUGACAAGGCUGCCAUUCUGAGCCACGACCUUUCCGGCACUGAGGCUUACUCUCCCGGCUUCACAAUCAGUGUCGAUGAGCUCAAGGAACUCGCUGCCGCCUUCACUGAUAGCGGCGUGGCGAUGGCCAAUGGUUUCCACGUCGGCGGCGAGAAGUUCGUCGCUAUCCGGGCCGAUGACCGCAGUCUAUACGGAAAGAAGGGCAAGGAGGGUAUUGUCGUUGUGAAGGCCAAGUCCUGCGUCAUGAUCGCCCACCACCCCGAGUCUGUCCAGACCACCAACGCCGCCACCGUUGUCGAGAACCUCGUUGACUACAUCAACAAGUACUAGACGGAGACGGCGGUGUGGAAACGAAAUGAAUGUCUUCUUAACUUGUGAAAAAGGACUGUGUCUGCUUUGAAUCGAUUUACUGGCGGGUCCUCUUCAUUUCUACUAUU